CAUACUGUUAUUUCAUUCUGGAUUCUGCAGUAAAUGCAGUCGAAGAAGAUCCUGAAUAUGGAAAAUGGUUCCAGGGAGACAUUGUAUUGACGGAAAAGCAAAAACUCGCUUUUAACCAAUUCAAUGGGGUGAUUGAUCCAAAUUUACGUUGGCCUGGGAAUACACUCAUUUAUGAUAUUGGAGAUGAAUUGAGUGGCGAGGAAAAGUUAAUCCAAGACGCAAUGUCACAUAUAUCAUCGGGCUCGUGCAUUAAGUUUAAAAAACGUACCAAUGAACCAAACUAUGUUCAUUUUCAGGCUACCAAGAGUGGAUGUUAUUCUAAUGUAGGCUAUAUAGGCACAAGACAAGUAUUGAACUUAGCAAAGGGCUGCCAAUUUCCUGGCAUUAUUAUCCAUGAAAUAAUGCAUGCUCUUGGGUUCUUGCAUAUGCAAAGUUCAUUUGAUCGGGAUAAAUAUGUUGAGAUUUUAUGGGAAAACAUUGAACCAGGUAAUGCUGGACAAUUUGAAAUGAUGGGUGACAACGUAGUAUCACACAUGGGUGGCGAAUAUGAUUAUAGCAGCAUAAUGCAUUAUGCUGGAAAAUCAUUCUCGCAAAAUGGCAAACUCACUAUCAAAACUAAAGAUCCAAGCAAACAAAAUGUUAUUGGUAAUCGGAAGGGUAUGUCUAAAGAAGACAAGCAGAAACUUAAUUACAUGUACGAAUGUACCUGAAUAAUCUGAACUGCUCUUCAAAUAAAGCAAAUCGUAGGAAACGAUUUCGU